AUGGAACUCGAGACCCUUGCUCUGUUACCCGGGCCUGAAGUCCUUGCUUAUCCUACCCCUGUCUCUCCCAGGGGCCUGGGUGCUGGGGAGGGAUUGGGCAGUUCAAUGGGUCCAUGUGUGUUCUUCUGGGGCCCUAGCCCCGCCCAGCUCCUGGACAGUGUCCUAGGGCUGGGAGCACUGGGGUUGACAGUUCGGGCAGUCUUUUCCACGGCUGGCCCAGCCCUGCUGCUGCUGCUGCUACUGGUCAGCUUCCUGGCCUUCGACCUGCUCCACAGGCCCACAGCUCCCACCCGGCCACAGCACACACUUCUCACAGGGGGCCAAAGUCAAGGGGCCGGCGAGGGCCCAAGACAGCAGGAGGCUCUACUCCUGCAGACAGUGGCAAUCACAGGACGACUCAGCCUCCAGGAGGCUCUGCUCCUACUGCUCCUGGGCCUGGAGCUGCUCUUGGGAGCCCGAGGCAUGCCCUUGGCCCUGCUUGGCCUGGCUUUCUGCCUCUAUCCUUGGGCCUGA